AUGUCUUCACCACCAGGGAAAGUGGUGUCGACCGAUACAGCCACCACACCCGAAGUCGAACCAUUAUCUUCCCUCCUCGCUCAUCCCCUGCUGCAGGAUUCGAAGUUCGUAGCUGCUGCUGGAGGUUUGGUUGUGCUUCUGAUAUUCCUAAGCUUAUUCCGAACAGGAAAGAAAUCAUCUCGUCGAUCUGGCCCCGCGUCAGUAUUAUUGGUUGGACCGAGUGAUUCAGGCAAGACAUCCCUUUUCACCAAACUAGUACAUGAUACGUAUAUUCAAACGCAUACUUCGAUACAACCCUCCAUAACUACCUUUCGUUUCAAUUCACCAUACGAGGAUGGGCAAACCAAACCCAUCAGACUGAUUGAUCUUCCUGGACAUCCGAGGCUGAAAGAUGAACUGAAGAAGUACGUCAAAGAGGCUAGUGCGGUGGUGUUUGUCGUGGAUAUACAGGCGUUAGUAAGAAAUUCAGCGGCUGUUGCUGAAGACCUCGCCCCAAUCCUUGUAACCUUAUCCAAUCAAAGUAUCACCGCCCAAUCUGAACCUACCAAAGUACUAGUUUUAGCACACAAAAGUGACGUCCUCACUCGGUCGUCCUCCAACGAAAUUCCAGAAAGUUCCAUCACCACCGCCAGGGAGAGGGUAAAGUCGAUCUUAACGAGGGAGAUGGACAGGCUGAAAGCCACGCGAACGAAGAGCGGUGCAGGAGGUAAGAUAGAAUCAAUGGGUAAAGUCGCUGGUACCUCGUCUUCAGGAUUCUUCGCGAAGCUCUUUGGCGGUGGUACAAGUGGGGUGGGACUGGAGGGAGAAGACGAAGGUGAAGAUGAGAGUCUGAUAUGGGGUGGGAAAGGUGGUUUUAGCUGGGAUGAUGUAGAGGGAGUAGAAAUUACUUUUGGUGCGAGUGGGUUAGGACCCGUUGGGGCGAAGAAGGAGGAGAAGGAGGGGAAUGGGUUGAACGAAGUGAAAAGCUUUAUAUGGGAUGUCUAG